CCAGCUGCUGCUGCUCCUACUCACCUUUUUCUCCCCUCUGCCAUCCGGCUCAUCAUCCGAGCCUCGGACCCUGCUUUUCUCUCGGGUAGACCUUGCAUUCGAGGAAUCGAGGGUUAGUUAUCGCCAUCGCCAUCCCGUUCCGACAGCUGGUCAAUCUCUGCCUUGUGCUGAUCGCCCCAGCCUUGCCGCGUCACACCCGCCAUCAGAUCUACGUCGCCGCGUCGCCGAUCGCUGUCUCUUCCUCGUCCUCGAGUUUGCAGGGAAUUUUUUAGAAUUCUAAAAAAUCGCCUCCGCCUUGCCGCGACACACUCGCCAUCAGAUCGACGUCGCCGCGUCGCCGUUCGCUGUCUCGUCCUCUUCCUCUCUAUCUUUUACAGCCAUUUUAGAUCGGCCGGUAACUCGGCCCAUCCGGUUUUUUCCCAUCUGGUCCCUAACUCCGCGCUUUUCGUGAGUUGCCCGGCCGUGCGACUGGCUGAAUUCGCUGUGUCUGGAUCGCUGUAAAUACAACCACCAAUUAUUGCCGCAACCAUCUAUCGUCAUCACUUCUAUCGCCGAAUCCAUCGCCAGCGUCGCGGAUUCCGUCGCCAGCGUCGCGUUGGUCGCAGCGAGGGAUGGAGAGCCCGGAGAUCGUGGGCGAAUUCGUCGCCAUCACGGCACAGCCGGAACACGUGGCGCGGGAACUACUCGAGGCGCACAACUGGGAUCUCCAGCUAGCAGUGAAUUUUUUUCUGGAGCAUGGAGCGGAAGGGGUUGGAGCUGGGAACGGCAUCACUGAUGCCAUUGACCUUACCAACGACCCUCCUGCUACCGCCGCCGCCCGCCCUCACACCUUCCAUCGGCAGCAUCUGGGUGGAGAGGAGAUGAGGGGGCUAGCAGGGAUGCAGCAGGAGGAGCAGGAGUUGGUCCCCAUGCGGUCAUUUAUGACAGGCUCUGCCUUCGAUCGCCUCAUGCCCACAUCCCGUGCCCCCGCUGCUCGCGCCCCUUCUUCCGGACCUAUCGUUUCCGAACCUCGGGAGGUUCGGGACAUCCCGAUCCAGUGGGAUGACGCUGCGAGUAACGGUAACGGCAGCACCGGCAGGGGUUACGCGAGCGGUGAUCAGAGGGGUUUAGGCAGGGGCUUAGGGUUUGGGGCGGGCGGUGGGGUGGGGUUUGGGGAAGGGGCUGGGGCUGGGGCUGGGUCUGGGGGAGCAGGCUCGGGUGUGGCAUUUGAUAGUGAAUAUGGGAGUAGGGCCGGGGCUGGGACUGGCCGCUUUGGGUUUUCUUCUCAGCAGCAGGGGCAGCAGCAGUGGGGGCAAAGUGGGGUGCGUAUCGAGGAGGUGGAGGAUGAUGAUGGUGCUGGUGCUGGUGCUGCUGCGCUGGGUGCUGGUGCUGGUGCUGCUGAGGGGAUGGGGCGAGGAGUAGGGAGAGCGGGUCAGGGUGGAGCAGCAGCAGGGAUGGGAGGAGCAGGGAGAGGGAUGGGAGCAGCAGCAGGGGUGGGUGAUGGAGAUGCAGCUGGAACAGGAUAUGGACCUAUGGUCCCUCCGUCGUCAGCAACGCCGAUGGAUCUGGAGCAGGAUGAGGACGACGACGUCAUGCGCGCCAUCGCACUCUCUAUCAAGACGGCUGAGGAGGAAGCAGCGUCGAGGGGGCAGGCCGUGGCAGGCAGUCAACAGAGCGGUGCUGAGGGGAAUACUGCGGAAUCGACUGCACCCUUUCAUACCUCGUUCUCUGUGCCAUCGCCAGCACCAGAAGCAGCAGCAGCAGUGGCAGGAGCAGCAUCAGCAGUACCUUCCUCGUGGAACGAGGCACGUUUUCCAUCCGAGGGCAGGCAGCGUGGUGGUGGUGGGUAUGAGGCGGAUGAGGAGGAAGAGGAGGAGGAACCUGUGCAGCCACUCAUGCGGCGCCACGUGUACCAUCCGUACCAACCGGCCGACGGGUGUGGGGAAGGGGGCAAAGAGACAAGUGAGGGCCGUUUAGGUGCUACUUCUGCUGCUGCUGCUGGUGGCGGCGCUGCUGCUGGUACCGCUCGUUUUGGAGGCUUUCCCAGUGACAUUGGCAGCGGCAGGGGGGUUUGCAGUGGCAGGGGGUCUUUCAGGCCUUCUUGGCAAUCAGGAGCAGGGGACGCAGCAGAUGCAGGGGCGACAGCGGAGGCCGGGCUAAGUGGGAAGGGUGGGGCUUCACGGGCUGUUGAAGGGGGAGCAGCGACAGGGGAGGGCACGGAGGGGACAGCAGGGAUGGUGGGAGAGGGCGUUGCCGUGGCAGGAGGAGGGAUGGAUGUGAGUGGGAUGAGUGAGGAGGAGGUAGCAGCGGUGAUGCGGGCGGUGGAAGAGGCGUCUGCUGCUGAGAGAGCUGCUGCUGCCAAUGGUGCUGGUGAUAUUGGUGCUGCUGUUGCUGCUGCUGCUGCUGCUGCUGCUGCUGGUGGAGCAUCCGGUGCUGCUCAUGAUCAUUUGGGGGGCCUGUCGCACGCAGAGCAGGAGGAAGCUCGCAUUAUGGAGGCAAUCAUGUUCGGCACUCCCCUCCCAGACCAUGACCCUGCCCUCGCUGCUGCCGCUGCUGCUGCUGGUGCUGGCAGUGUUGCCACAGGCACAGCCAUGCACCCCUCCCUUUCCGCCUCCGCUGCCUUUGCGGCUGAUGCUUCUGCGGCUGCUGCUGUCGCUGCUGCUGCUGACGCCCCCUAUGGCUCAGCCUAUGUUUCUGGCAGCUCCCAAUUCCCCCACAGACCGCCCUCCUGGCGGCAGUUCCGGGGUGUGGGGGGGAUUGGGGGGGAAGGUCCGAUGAGAAGCGUGGGUUUCGGAGGGAGGUAUGGACGAGGGGGGAGUGGUGGGGGGGGAGAGGGAGAGGUUGGGGGGGAGGAAGGGGAGGAGGAGGAAGAGGAGGAGGAGGAUGAGGAGGGUUUGGGGCCGUGGGCGAGGGAGUGGCGGAGGCAGCAGAGGCAGCAGCAGCAGGCGGCACGGCCACCGUCGCCCCGCAUGGUGGAAGAGAGGCUGCUGAGGCAGGAGCAGGACGAGGAGUAUUUCAAGUCGCUGUUGGCAGACCAGGAGAAGGAGGAGGCAGCACGGAGGAAGGAGGAGGAGGAGCGGCAGAGGCAGGAGGAGGAGCAGCAGCAGCAGCAGGAGGAGUUGAGACGGCAGCAGGAGCAGGAGGAGGAGGAGCAGCGGCAGCUGGCAGUGAAGGAGUCGUCGCUGCCUGUGGAGCCAGCAGUGGGCGAGGAGGGGGGCAUCACUCUCAUGCUGCGCCUGCCAGAUGGCUCGCGCCUCAGCCGCCGAUUCCUGGUCACAGAUAAGCUGCAGGCUCUCUUUGACUACGUGGAUGUGAGCAAGCGAGUGAAGGCCAACACAUACACCAUUGCGCGUCAGUUUCCUCGCCGUGUGUUUGAGGCAUCGGAGGCCCAGAGAAGCCUCGCAGAUCUGGGCAUCACCAGCAAGCAGGAAGCCUUGUAUGUCCAGCAGCUGUAGCAGCACCAGCUGUAGCAGAAGCUGUAGCCAGCAGCACUGACAGUGCCUGCCGAUGCUGCCAGGCCUUUGAGAACGACAGUGUGAGAGAGGAAGGGAGAGGAUGGAGGGAAGAGGGGGGGAGGGAGCACAGGGAGGGAAAGAAGAGGGGGAAGAGAGAGAGGCAGGGAGUGGGGUAGGGAGUGAGGGAAGAGGAAAAUAGGGUGAGAAAGUUAUAGGAGAAGAGAGGAAUAGACGAAGGGAGGUGUGCAGAGGAAGAGGAAGAGGAAGAGGAAGGUAAGAAGGGCCAGGAAAGGAGAGGCGAGGGGAAGGGGAAGGGGUGGGAAGGAAAGGCAUGUAAAGCUGCUGCUGGCGUUAAACCUGAUAAUGUUGCAUUGUUGCUGGCGAAAGCACCUGUUACUUAAUCGUGCCUGGCCAACUACUAGGCUUUUGCCAGCUGCAUGGCUGUAGGUGUAGGACGCUGGUUGGUGGACUGGACUUGACUAGAAAUUCCUACAUGUGCAUCCUUGUAUGCUCUGCCAUGUACAUAGCUUCUCUUGAUUGGCAAGGACACCAUUUCUCCAUGCUUCUCCCUCUGUGUUUCCCACUACCAUACCAUAUCUCCCUAUGUUUUUCACACUGCCAUACACUAUCUCCCUCUGUGUUUCCUACUGCCAUACCCUAUUUCCGUCUGUGCUUCCCACUGCCAUACCUAGUCUCCCUCUGUGUUUCCCACUACCAUACCAUAUCUCCCUCUGUUUUUCACAGUGCCAAACACUAUCUCCCUCUGUGUUUCCUACUGCCAUACCUAAUCUCCCUCUGUGUUUCCCACUGCCAUACCUAAUCUCCCUCUGUGUUUCCCUCUGCCAUACCUGAUCUCUCUCGGUUCUUCCCACUGCCCUACACUAUCUCCCUCUGUGUUGCCUACUGCCAUUCCUAAUCUCCAUCUGUGCUUCCCACUGCCAUACCUUAUCUCCCUUUGUGUUUCCUACUGCCAUACCCUAUUUCCUUCUGUCUUUCCCACUGCCAUACCGAAUGUCCCUCUGUGUUUCCCACUGCCAUACAUUAUCUCCCUCUGUUUUUUCCACUGCCCUAUACUAUCUCCCUCUGUGUUGCCUACUGCCAUACCUAAUCUCCCACUGUGCUUCGCACUGCCAUACCUUAUCUCCCUUUGUGUUUCCUACUGCCAUACCCUAUUUCCUUCUGUAUUUCCCACUGCCAUUCCGAAUGUCCCUCUGUGUUUCCCACUGCCAUACAUUAUCUCCCUCUGUUUUUUCCACUGCCCUAUACUAUCUCCCUCUGUGUUGCCUACUGCCAUACCUAAUCUCUCUCUGUGUUUCCCACUGCCAUACCUGAUCUCCCUUUGUGUUUCCUACUGCCAUACCUGAUCUCCCUUUGUGUUUCCUACUGCCAUACCCUAUUUCCUUCUGUGUUUCCCACUGCCAUACCUAACCUCCCUCUGUGUUUUCCACUGUCAUACCUGAUCUCCCUCUGUUCUUCCCACUGCCCUCAACUAGCUCACUCUGUGUUGCCUACUGCCAUACCAAAUCUCCCUCGGUACUUCCCACUGCCAUCCCUGAUCUCCCUUUGUGUUUCCUACUGCCAUUCCCUAUUUCUGGCUGUGUUUUCCCACUGCCAUUCCUAUUCUCCCUCAGUGUUUCCCACUACCAUGCCCCAUCUCCCUCUGUGUUUCCCACCGCCAUACCUUAUCUCCCUCUGUUUUUCCCACCGUCCUACACCAUCGCCCUCUGUGUUUCCCACUGCCAUACCCCAUCUCCCUCUGUUUUUCCCACUGCCAUACCUCAUCUCCCUCUGUGUUUCCCACAGCCAUACCCCAUCUCCCACUGUGUUUCCCACCACCAUACCUUGUCCCCCUCAGUGUUUCCUUCUGCCAUACGUUAUCACCCUCUGUUUUUCCCACUGCCAUACCCCAUCUCCCUCUGUGUUUCGUACUGCCAUGCCUUACCUCCCUUAGUGCCCUCGGUGCAACUUUCCCUCCCACCUCUCUUGCGCACACUCUGCCCAUCCCGUUUCCCCCUCAGCACCCAGAUGCUGCUGCUGCACCUAUCAUGCCCUCCAUUUCUUGUG